GCAGUCACGUCUACAAGACUCUCUCUCUCUCUCUCUCUCUCUCUCUCUCUCUCUCUCUCUACAGAGGCUACCCAUUAUCUCCCUAGAUGCUUAAGGUUCUGAAAGUGGAAAGGAUUUAGAUUACAGAGUGAGUUUGAGAGAGAGAACCUUCAAAGUGCAAGAUUGGAAAAGGAUUAGAGACGACGAUUAUGAGGCCAGUGUCACUGCUCAUCUUCCUCCUUGUUUGCCUAGCAGCUUUCACACCUUCUUACCAAGCACCAUAUGCUCUGAGAAUAAGCUGCGGAGCUCGCAACGACGUCCACACACCACCAACAAAUACAUUUUGGUACAGAGAUUUCGGAUACAGUGGAGGAAUACUCGCUAAUGCAACUCGUCCAAGCUACAUCACUCCUCCUCUCACCACACUUCGCUAUUUCCCCUUAUCUUCGGGUCCUGAAAAUUGCUACCACAUAGAGAGAGUCCCUCAUGGCCAUUAUUCAGUUAGAGUCUUCUUCGGAUUGGUCAAAGAUCCCACUUUUGACAACGAACCUUUGUUUGAUGUAUCUGUAGAAGGAACCCUAGUUUACUCCCUAUCAUCAGGUUGGAGUAACCAUGAUGAUGAACAAGCUUUCGUUGAGGCUCUAGUAUUCCUUGAAGAUGGAACUGCUUCAAUUUGCUUCCACAGCACUGGUCAUGGAGAUCCAGCUGUACUUUCAAUCGAAGUUCUUCAAGUUGGCAACAAUGCAUAUAACUUUGGUUCAGAUUGGGGUAGAGGAACACUCUUAAGAACUCAUAAAAGACUCAGUUGUGGUGCUAAAAAUCCAAAAUUUGAUGUGGAUUACAGUGGAAACCACUGGGGUGGAGACAGAUUCUGGAAUUCAAUCACUACUUUUGGUCAAAACUCUGAUAAACCUUUGACCACAAAAAAUAGCAUCAAGUUAUCCCCAAAUCUACCAAACUAUUAUCCAGAAGCUCUUUAUCAAACAGCACUUGUUAGCACUGAUAAUCAGCCUGAUUUAACAUACACAAUGGAUGUGGAUCCAAACAGGAAUUACUCAGUUUGGUUGCAUUUUGCAGAGAUUGAUCCUUCAGUCACAGGAGAAGGACAACGAGUUUUUGACAUCAUCAUAAAUGGUGAUAACAUAUUUCAAGAAAUCGAUAUUGUGAAAAUGAGUGGAGAUAUUAACAGUGCUAUUGUGAUAAACACAACAGUCCCUGUUAGUGGGAGGAGUUUGACAAUAACUUUGCAACUUGUAAAAGGAACUCACACCAUAAUCAAUGCUAUAGAGAUCUUUGAAAUUGUUAGAGCUGAAGCCAAAACUUCAAUCGAUGAAGUAAAAGCUUUGCAGAAAUUGAAAAGUGCAUUAGGUCUUCCUCUUCGAUUCAGUUGGAAUGGUGAUCCUUGUGUUCCACAGCAGCAUCCAUGGAGUGGAGUAGAUUGUCAAUUUGAUAAUGCUAAAAUUAAAUGGUUCAUUGAUGGAUUAGGUCUUGAUAACCAAGGUUUAAGAGGAUUCUUACCUGAUGACAUAUCUAAGCUCACUCAUCUACAAAAUAUGAACCUGAGUGGAAAUAGCAUCCAGGGGGAGAUUCCUUCUUCACUUGGAAAAAUUACUAGUCUUGAAGUAUUGGAUCUUUCAUACAAUUUGUUUAAUGGAUCCAUUCCUGAAAGCCUUGGAGGUUUAACAUCAGUUCGAAUAUUGAAUUUGAAUAGCAACUCCCUAUCAGGAAGAGUCCCAGCUGCAUUAGGAGGAAGGCUUUUACACAGAGCGAGUUUCAAUUUUACUGAUAACAAAGGUCUUUGUGGGAUACCUGGGUUACAAACAUGUGGGCCCCACCUUUCUGGUGGAGCAAAGAUCGGAAUCGCAUUAGGGGCAUGCGCAGGGCUUCUAUUGAUCGCUACUUGUUUGACUUGUUGGUGGAAAAGGCGUCAGAAUAUUCUUCGGACUCAGCAGAUUGCAGCAAGAGGAGCUCCUUAUGCAAAAGCAAGGACUCAUUUCUCACGCGAUGUGCAAUUAGCGAGACAUAAUAACAAUAAUGGUGGUGGUCAUGAACAUGCGAGGACUGCAGCCGAAAAUGGGCCAAUCCUGCUUUCUUGAUAGUUUAAUUACACAUUACAAUUUACAUGGGGUGUUAACUGUUAAGUAAACACAAAAUCAAUUACUUUAAUAGAUUGAUUGUAUAUUAUUUUUAUUUGUUAGUGGAAAUUGUUUUUUUUUUAACGAAGAGUGAUAUGUGAAAAGUGAAAUUAUCACCACUUUAUCUUGUCCACAUUAAUUGCCAACCCAACUUAUGUAA